UUUCAGUGAAACCACCGCACCGGAAAAUGGCGCACCUGCUGCGGCCGCUUUUUCACUUGCCACGGUGGCGCUUCCGCCGCUCCGCCGUGUCGCAGCUUCUCAGCUUCCAAUCAGCUCCGGAUCGCGCCACCACAAUUCUUCCUUUCUCCACACUCUUCUCCUCCUCCACAUGCCGCCAAUUUCAUUCCCGCGCGCGAGCUCUGAAAUUGCGCGAUUCUCCUCCUUUCUCCGACGCUAAUGACAGCGGCGACGAAUUAUCCGAUGGCGGCGAUGUGAAGAAGAGUCGGAACGAGAGAAAACGGGAGGCGAGGCGCGCCGUUCGCUGGGGGAUGGACCUAGCCAACUUCUCUCCGUCUCAAAUCAAGCGCAUUGUCAGAGUGGCUGAACUUGAGCAAGAGGUGUUUGAGGCAAUUAUGGUAGUGAAGAGACUUGGUUCUGAUGUUCGGGAAGGAAAGCGCCGACAAUAUAAUUAUAUAGGGAAACUGCUACGUGGAGUUGAGGUUGAAUUAAUGGAUGGCUUAAUUCAGGCAAUAAAAGAUGGAGAUCUGACUAAGUUUCAAGAAUUAUCAGGUGCAGAAUUGGCAAUUGACAACGAUGAAGUGUCAGAAGAAGAAGUUUCAGAGGAGGAAGAAGAAGAAGAGGAUUACACAAAUAUGGCUGUUGUAACUAGAUGGUUCGAUGGCCUAGUUAACAAGGAUCUUGACAUUACCAAUGAGAUUUACUCACUUCGAGAGGUUGACUUUGAUCGUCAGGAACUUCGACAAUUGGUUAGAAAAGUGCAGUCUGCAUCAGCACAGAACGCCGAAGAGAGGGUGGAAGCAGACACCAAUGCACGAAGGUCUCUCACUCGUUUUCUCCGAGGUCUUGCCGAUCAACUCCCAGAUGAGUAGCAUACAGGCUUAAAAUUCAUGAAAUUUGACCAAUUAUCCUUAAAAUCUUUUUUGUCUUUUAAUUUCCAAAAAUAAUUUAUGAAAAUCUAUAUAUUUAUACAUGCUUUCGUUUGUUAUUGGAUUA